AUGGUAAAAUUUAUUCUGUUUGCAAUCCUCGCAUUACUGUCAUUACUAUCGUUAUUUCCAUCGCCAUCAUCUCAACUAGAACAAUUCACUUACCAAGAUCCUCUGACUGGUCUGGAUCUCUGCGAUGAUGAUAAAUCAAAUGAUGGGACCAUAAUAUUACGUUUUGGAAUACCAAUAAGUCAAGUUAAUGGAAGUACAACGUGCUGGGAUAAGACUAUUUAUCUUCGAAUAAUUCAUCCAAACGCGUCAAUUAGCUUCUAUUCAAUUUCAAAUCAUGGAAUUCCUGAUUUUAAUUUUUGUUUGAAAGGCAAAACCAUGAAAGAUUAUACAACAAUUUGGGGUUUCGAUCAAGGACUUAUAUUACUUACUUAUUAUAAUUCGUCGAACGUAACUGACUCAGCAAUCAUGGGACUGAUUAUGACUUUCGAAGGAACAAUUUUAAGCACAAUAAAAUUACAUGAUGCCCUUAUAAACUAUGGAGGCAUAGUGAGUUAUAAUCUUGUGAUUCCGAUCUCUAGUCCAAGUGAUGGAUUUCUAUUUUUUUGCCGCAGCGCGUCAAUAAUAAGUUGGGUACACUUUAACGCACCCGAUGGAGAAGUAAUUGAAAUAACCAGAAGUGGAAUAAUCCAAACAAACAUUAGUAUCGCAACAUCCACGGGCCUUUACGUGUUGGAAAGAGGAUUUGCCAUAGCAUACGGAGGAGAUGAUUCCAAAACUAGUCUCAGAAACUCCGCCGUAGACAUAAAUAAUUUUAAUAUUGGUACAACAAACGGCUCGUAUCAAAACCAAACCUUAAUUCAAACGUUAAAAUUGCGGGGAAUUAUGUGUAGUGUUGAUUUUAGCGGUGCUGGAAAUAUAUGCAUACUAAUGUUCUUAAAUACCAUUUCUCAACCUAAUAACACGAAUACCAUUCCUCAAUCUAAUAACACUUCUCAAAAUAAUACCAAGAAAAUAACUUCCAAAAAGAAUACCACAAAUGCAACUUCUAAAAUUAAUAACACGAAUACAACUUCUCAAAAUAAUAUCACGGAUACAAUUUUACAACCUCAAUUUGUCCACUUGAAGAUAUCUUACCUAUCUUCCGGUUCUGUAACAAAUAUAGAGGAAAUAAACGGUAUAAAUUUCAAUGAAGGUUUUAAUCUCAUUCCUCUUCGAUUCGGUGGUUACCUAAUGUUAGGGUAUCAAGACUAUUUUAGUGUUUUUGGUUAUAUUCUUGAUCAGAAUGGAAAUUUAUAUAGCAAUUGGUCACUACCGCAACCUUUAAAUCUUCCUCAAUAUAAAAGUAAUUAUAUUAUGCUUGCGAAUAAUUCAUUUGUGUUCGUUGAGAACCAAAAUGAUUCACUUUGGAAUGUAACACGUGAUGAUUUAUAUAGAUUUUUGGGACAAGCAUCGACGAAUCCGACAAUAGGUUCUCAAGUAAACAAAUCUAGUAGACAGAUCAAGUUCACCUUCACUUAUCCUGUAAUUCUUUCCAAUUCAAACAUCUCAAUAUACCAACAAAUUAUUGGAGCUGAUGACCUACUACGUCAACGAUUUCAAGGUGAUACUUCAAAUGAUGUUUGCUGGCUUGAUCCGAAAGAUAAUAAAACAGUUAUAGUGCAAAUACUUUCUAGCACUUUUAACGAGCCUAACGGUCAAUAUUAUGUACUCAUUGAGAAUAAUUUCGUAAGACGUAGUGAUUCAAAUGAAGCUCUUUUGGGAAUUGACAAAAAUUUAUGGACUUUA